AUGGCGUCCUCCAUAGGUACUCCGGUGUCUAUUGACCGCACCUAUCUUGACACCCUUAUCGGAAGGGCCCAGUCUCAUGCUGGAGAUGACACUCCUUCGGCUCAUCCCACUAUUACCAUUGCCCGUGUCGAGUAUGAUACCCUUGUCAGAGCUGCUCGGGAAUUCUCAAACUUACGCCGCAACCUCAUGCGUGGUGGUGUGACCGUAGAGACCCUUGCUGUCUUGACUAGCGACGAGUCCAACUGGGACGAAGACAGUGCUGGGCAACAAACCGAUGCUUCCGCUUCUGCGGAUUCUCAGGAUGUCAUUCAACGACCAACCCACAAGCCUCGGGUGACGACGAUCACUGCUGUGCGGGGUCCCCAAGGCGGACCGUACAACGGAAAGCUUUCCGUUCCUCAAUCUGUCAAGCAGGGAUGGGCCGAUGACGAGCCUACCGCUCGUGGCAUAUCUGAAGCAACAGCUUCCCCUAUGGAGGCCGAGCACGGGCUCGUUCACAAGGAGGACACACGGUUGUCUGUCCAGCCACAAUUUGAGAGAAUGGCUACAAGAACCAUUCUAAUGUCUAACCUUGCCGAAGGAACAGCUCACGCCGAUGUGACGGAUGUCGUUCGAGGUGGCCAGUUGCUGGAUAUAUUCCUGAGGACCCACGACCGCUCUGCUCAGGUAUCUUUCUUGCACGCCUCGGACGCCAGAGCCUUCCUUGAACACACCCGGCGUCAUGACCUAUACAUCAGACACAAGCGGGUCGACGUCCGAUGGAGUGAUCGACAGUUCAUUCUCCCAGGUCACGUUGCAAGCAAGAUCGGAAUUGGUGCCACGCGCAAUCUUGUAGUCCGACGAUGCGACCCGAGCCUCACCGAAGAGGGCAUUCGUGACGACCUCGAGCAUAUCCACAACCUGGUGGUCGUUCAAGUGGCCUUUAGGGGCGAUAGCUGCCACAUUAGCACCAAUUCAGUUCACAAUGCUAUGUUUGCACGGACCUGCAUGAUGAGUCGACAGAAGUACAAGAGAUCUAGAAUUGAAUGGGACGUCGACGAGUGUGCCCAGCCUCUGGAGGUUACCCAGACUCACCGGGUUCAGCCCUAUGUACUUUCGUCAAAGCAACCCAUGAAUCCCAUGGCGAACCGCUUCGAGGUCCUGAAACUGGACGCCAACGAUGACGAUGAGGAGAAUAUUCCCCCGGGUUACCAUCCGCAAGUUUCUAUGGAUAUCAUGGUGUGA